CGAGGGUCGUUGGGGGUUGAUAUCUGGCUAAGCGCGGGCGCAGUUGGAUCGCGGUCUCCAGCACAGCAGCAUUUCCCUCGACGCCGACGAUCCGUUCGCGCAGCUCCGUCUUACUCGAUCCUCUCGUUGCCUCUUUCUCCCUCUUGUUGAUCUCGACUCGCGUCUCCUUUCGCCCGUCUACUUAUCCGCCUAUUCAUCUUAUCAAUCCGCUGCUUUCCUCCUUCUGCCCCUUCCACUCUCGCUCCGUCUCCGUCUGGUCGUCGAGUUUCGGGACGUUUCAGUUUCUCCUUAGGCGCUGCUCGUGGUACCGACCAUGCGUGCGUGCACGCGACGAGUCAUGUCCACGCGACCGAGUGUGCGUGCCGAAUGACGAACGUGUGUCAGUUUAAGAAAAGCGAACGCUGCGCGAGUCGCCACGAAUCGGAUGCAUCCGUCGCUACAUCGGCGCGCUGAAUGAAAAUGCAUCGACUUGUCACGUGGAAAUACGACUUGCGGAGGAUUCUUCGUUCGCCGCGUUCCGAUCCGUGCCGUCUCGACGUGCUGCACGAAUUUACGGAGAGGUGUUGAAAAGACGUAUCGCUCCGGCCGGGCUGGCACGGGUUCGAAAGUGGUGUCGCGAAAUGUACCGGAAACGAUGGACCGUAAAAGCACUGGGAACAAAUUCACGGUACGGCGGGAAUGCGAACGGCUGGGACACGUUGGCCAAGAUGAUCUGCAUUUUCUUCUUCGCGAUACUGCUGCACGAAAAAGCUGUACACAGUUCUCGACUGUUCGAGGCGGAUACCUUUCAAGGAGUGCAAACGCCAGAGAAAGGCCCUCACUUUGACACAACGAUUUCAUCGAAUGUGACAGGCCUGGUUGGAAAAACCAUUCAACUCGUUUGCAGAGUAAAGAACCUUGGAAACAGAACAGUAUCUUGGGUGAGGCAUCGAGACAUACAUCUAUUAACGGUAGGUCGUUACACCUACACGAGCGAUCAACGUUUCGAAGCGAUGCACACUCCACAUACAGAAGAAUGGACUCUGAGGAUACGAUACCCCCAGAAGAAGGAUUCUGGUAUCUACGAGUGCCAAAUAUCCACCACUCCACCCAUCGGCCAUCCCGUUUACCUCACCGUGGUUGAACCAGUCACAGAGAUCUCUGGAGGUCCAGCGCUCUUCAUCAACAAGGAUAGUACGAUAAACCUGACGUGUUUGGUGAAAUACGCUCCCGAGCCACCGACCGCGAUCGUUUGGAGCCACAAUCGCGAGGCGAUUAACUUCGACUCGCCGAGGGGUGGCAUCAGCCUGGUCACAGAGAAGGGACCGGUGACAUCCAGCCGCUUGCUCAUUCAAAAAGCGAUCGAGAAAGACUCCGGGCUUUACACGUGCUCUCCAAGCAACACUCGUCCGAACAGCGUACGGGUUUACAUUGUUAACGAACAUCCAGCGGCAAUGCAUCACGGCAGCGGUAACAGAAUGUCCGCGACAUUACUUACUUUUGUUCUACUUCUCUCGUCGAUCAUUCGAUGAUCGCGAGCGGUUGUAAUCGCGGUGUAAACUAUUCGAAUGUUACGAAACGAAGUCGAUGAAGUUGAACUUCGUUCGGAGAAACACGCCCAUCACUUACAUCCCUGUAAAUACUUGAUCGAUGAUGCGCGUUCUUCCCAGGAAUUACAAGAAUCUACCUGUUUUUUUUUUUAUCAUUUUUUCUUUGGAUCUCUUUACCGUCAAAUGUUUACGUGUUUUCAGCCGAUGAAAUUAUCGAGCCCCGUUGGAUGGAACUCCGUGAAACGUAUGUAUAAAUGUAUCUAUUCUACUUCAUAAGUAUCUUCAUAAGUACUCUUCUAUGUUGGAGUCUCUCGCAGACUUAAUAGAACGCGCAUGAUUGGUUAAGCAUUAAACAGCACGAGUAGCACGAUAAGCACGAUAAUCACAUCUUACGAUCGAUCGUACAAAACUGUUUGUCUUGCUAGAAAUUAUACGAGAGAAAAUUUCGUUCCGUAGCGAUUGACGACAAACAAAUCUAGCAGUUGUUUCGAGCCAACGCGAACGCGUUCAUUACCAUUUGAUACUCGUUCGUCGAAAGCACCCCACCGAUCGGGGCGGUUUUUUAACGAGCGUUUCCCAACGAGUGGUCUCGAGCACGCAGUGUGACGUAACUCCGCGAUCGAGUGAAUAACCGAAUUACAACGGGACAGCUACCAUCGAACCAGAAUUUAUGUAAUUAAAUAAAAAACACGUUCGGAACACUAUCGGGGGAAACGUCGCCGUGGCGUUCCGAUAAUAAACUCGCUUCUCUCCGACUUGGAAACUUUCGCAUUAUUCCGCCGUUUCGAUACGUUCGCCUGGAGGAGAAUAAGCGACUUCUAGGCAACUUGGUAUCACGGCAAACUUGUUACAUUCUAUUCCUUCUCGUUCGGAAAUAGAAUCAACGUGUUUCGGAGAGACGUGUUGUCUCCUGUAUCCAGCGCGAGUAAUCGGUUUACUAAAAGAGAACGGAACUAUACGAUACGCGAGAAAUAAUCGAUUAAUACAUCGAUCUUUCCAAUUAGAAUACCGUUCUACGCAACAAUUAUUUAUCGAUAAAAAUGUUAAGUAAGAGCUCUUUUAUCCAUACCGAAUUCCUUCGAAUUAAUUCGUUUCGAUGAAUUGUUUUAUUUGGAAAGUUAUCGAAGGGAUCUCGGUUGGUACAUAUCAAAGAGAACGAUUCGCGAAAGUUUCAAAUCGACGAAUCAGCGAGGAA